AUGGACUCUACAAAGAAAGAGRCAAUUGGGACUAAUCCCUUUUUAGCRUURUUUACAACMAACUUUGGAACUGGCAGUCAUGGCAGUCUAAGGUUAGACCAAGAAAUCACUACCAAGAAAGAUCCACUUCCAAGACUUGUGAGUGUCAAAGGUCAACAAGAACAAACAGAAAAUAUUGACCAGCCUUCUYCAUUAUCUACAAAUAAAAAUACUGUUGAAAUAGAUGGACAGAUAAUAAAUGACAUACUUCAAAGGGUAUUCUUAAUAACUUUAAAGAAUGACAGYGAUCAAGUUGGAUGUAAACAAAUUGGRCCACAACCMAAGAGAUGYGUUUACUUAAAAGACACAGCUAGUGACUCUGAUGGAGGACAUUUACUUAGUUGGAACARCAUUGACCAGGCAAUAAUGGAGAGAUUAACGAUGGAUCAUCCAAGGUCAAAUGUAGUAGUGACAGGRGGAGCACACUCCACAUCUCUGACGGCAGAAAUUGAGGCAGGAGAACUAGCCAGCAUCAAGUACCUCACUGCAUGCUAUAAACGGAGUUAUGAUGACUGUUUAAAGUUUAAGGAUAAGAAACCUGAAUUGUAUCAAUUCUUUGAAAAGGCUAAAACAUUAGCAGUUUUGUAUACUGGAACUUGUUUACUGAGUCCUGAGAUGUUCCCAAACCAAGACACUCACAAACAACUUUUCCAUUUGUUGGUUUCAUCUCAAGAUGAGAGAAGUUUGCCUGCUUUCCUGAAUGACUUGAUAAAGAGUUAUCCUAAUAAAGAUGAUCUUGAGUCAAUCUUUUCUCCUAUCAUCUUCUUGUUGAAUGAAAGUAAAAGUGAAGUUGCACUCUUUGGAGCCCAGGCUUUUCAACAUCUAGAACUGUUUUUGUUGUUCUCCAAAUCUACUGAACUGGCAGAGAUGKUGGUGUCAUCAAAAUUGUGGUUACCAUCGCCUCCACCAUCUUUCAUGGGCCACAUGACGGUCACKCCUGGGAAGUCAUUCCAGAAUCAAACAUUGCUUGGACCCUACCUGGCAUUAACAAGCAUUUCAUCGGAUCCAAAUAAACCAUCAGAGUAUUUCAUGCAGCCGUCUGAGCAAUCUCAAGUUGAAAUGCAGGCAACUAUGGCAAGCUUAAGGACUCAGCUAGACUCACUAUCAAACAAACUUCACAGGGUCGUAUUUGAAGUGGUUCGUGCAUCUCCAAACUGUAAGCAUGAAUUAUUAAAAUGGAUUGGAAUGUGYCUUCAUAGCAACUCAGCUAGACAAAAGAUGAUGUCAGAGCUCUUGUCUAUUACAUUAGCAGAUGAUGGUUUUUUCCUGAAUCUUGGAACUUUGUUACUAAAACUUUGCCAACCGUUUUUGGAUCCUAACUCACUCAGGCUUCUUAAAAUUAAUCCACAAUAUUGUGCCACUGUUUCUAAUUUGAAGUCAGUUGGAAUACAUUGUGUAGGGCURGAAGAAGAAACAAGACUUGUUAGCGGUGAAGAAGAACAAGUAAAACUGAAAGAGGAUGAACCAUUUGGUUUUGUUACAGAACUGUUUUUUAUGACCCACAGAUGUUUGCAAUUAGGACUUUGGAAAGUAUCAGAAAAAUAUAAAAAGCUGAUGGGUGAUCUUGCUCAGUUACAAAGAGUUUAUCAAGAUGCAUCCUCCCAAGGAGCAAACAAUGAAGUUAUUGGCAGAUUGAARACUAAAUUUGAGUUUGGAAUAAUUCAGCAAUUAUCUCUUAAGACACACUUGCUCAAUCCGUCCAUGCUGGAGCUUGCAAUGCGCUUUUAUGUUGCUACAGCAUCUUGGUUGAAUCAAAUUGCUUUGGCUGGAGAUGACUUCAAGGAUAUGACAGCAUUUAGACCUGUGAAACUUCCUCUACCAGCUCAGACACCAGCAGGCCUUCUUUUUAUCCCAGAGUUUGUAGUGGAAAACAUGGCAGAUUUCAUUAUUUUUGUCAGGCAUUUUAGUGAAGAUACUUUAGAAUCUGCAGGAGCAUCAUURCAUCAUAUUUUGACAUUCUUUGUUAUCUACAUGGGGAGCUCUGAACGUAUCAAGAAUCCUCACUUAAGGGCCAAGCUGGCUGAGGCUUUAGAAGCUUUGGUUCCCAUUAAAAAGGGACAAGAAUUAGAGAUGGAUAAAUCUCCUAUUGCUAUGUUCCACAGAGAGCAAGUGUUUCUUAACCAUCARGAAGCCAUGGAGCAUCUACCAAUUGCAUUGCUGAAUCUUUUCAUUGAUAUUGAGUUUACUGGGCAUUCAAUGGAAUUUGAACAAAAGUUUGGUUAUCGGCACCACAUGUACACUGUGCUGGAGUAUAUCUGGARUCAACCUAAAUACAAGGAAUCCUUGAUGAUAUUGAAUGAUCAGUUUGAGAAAGCUUCAAAAACUGUUUGUAGUGUAAGUGAGAAACUCAAGCUGGUAAAGAAGCCUCCAUUGUUAUUGAGAUUCAUAAACUUGCUGAUAAAUGAUGCAGUCUUCUUGCUUGAUGAAUCCCUUGAGUUUAUGACUCAAAUUAAGAAACUGCAAGUUAAACAAGACAGUGGUGAAGUGGAUGGCCUGCCCGAGAACCAACGUGAAGCAUUUUUAAGGGAACUGCGACACACAGGACAGAUGGCAAAAAGUCAUAAUAUUCUUGCUAGUGAAACRGUUCAUGCUCUUAGCUUCCUAACAACUGAUGUUAAAAGUCCUAUUUGCCUUCCAUGUAUGGCAGACCGAAUGGCAGGGAUGCUSAACUACUUUCUGCAACACUUAGUGGGGCCUAAAAUGGGAAGCUUAAAGGUCAAAGAUUUCUCAGAGUUUAGCUUCAAGCCCCAGCAACUUGUGUCURACAUCAUAGACAUUUACAUAAACUUAGGUGAAGAAGAGUCCUUCUUGAAAGCAGUGGGUGGAGAUCAGCGCUCGUACUCCCCUGAACUCUUUGUUCAUGCAGAAAGGGUUCUAAGACUUAUUGGAAGACCAGCUGAAGUUAUCUUUAAACUUAACUCACUUGCACGCAGAAUCCAAGAACAUGGUCCCCUUGACGAUUCAGAUCUCCCAGAGCCUCCAGAUGAAUUCAAGGACCCAAUCAUGGAUACACUUAUGCGAAAGCCAAUGCUGUUACCAACCUCAGGAAAGAUUGUUGAUAAAGAUGUCAUUUGUCGGCACUUGCUAAGUGAUGAAAAAGAUCCAUUCAACAGGAAACCCCUGUCCAUAGCCGACCUUGUUCCUGAUAACGAUCUUAAAGAAAGAAUUGAUCAGUGGAUUGAAGAGAACAAAAGAAAAAAUGAUGACAACUGUCAAAAAUGAUAAAAUAAAUUAUGUAUCCAUUCAUUAUAGAGCGGAUUUCGUAUGAGUGGGACACGUUACCACACGGUUACCGCACAGUUACCGCACCUGGCCUGCACAAUWUUGGUGAACCAGUGGGGCACUAGAAUUUGGUUACAGUAYGAUUACGGWCACAGUACAGUACYGUCCGUUUCCCACUCAURYGAAAUCCGCUCUAUUAAURGAGAUAUGACUAAUUAUUCACAAGUGCACCAAAAAAGCAAUAGUACCAAUGGCUGCUGACUAGUCCUGAGUUAACAGCAGUGAAGUCAUUGAACCAUUGAAACAAAAAUUGACCAAAUUGAAAUGUGAUAGUCAGGUAGACACAAAAGAAAAUGGAAUUACAGCAUACUAUGGUGUAUUGGUGUCAUAUUCAUUUCACAGAUUUUUUGGCUUCACUCUUACUAGGAGAAAGAGGAAAUAACAUAAUUAUUAUUUACCACCAAGUCUUUACUAUUUAUGUUUCAUAGUUUAAAAUGGUAUUAUCUGCUUUAUUAGAGUGAUCGCGCUUAAACGGUGCAACUGUACAAAUAGUGCUAUUUAGUUGUGUUCAGUAAAUCGUGCAUGAGUUAUGCAAAUUAUUAAGAUACAAAUGAAGCAUGCCGUCUUGCUUCAGAUCCACUUUUAGUACAAAUUGAGUAAUACUUAGAUUUUGUACAGUUGCACAGUUUAAGUGCAAUCACUCUAUUAAUUUUAUAUUGUCAAUCCAAUUUAAUUUAUAAGAACCGUUUAAAUUAAAUCCAGUACAGAAUAGGACUAUAGAGGCACAAUAAAUGAUCAACUAUAGAUAUAUAGUAAAUGUUUAUCACUGAAAAAAAGGAUGAGCUAGUAAAUGUUUAUCACUGAAAAAAAAGAUGAGCUUUACAAGCUCACAAAUGGUACAAUUUCAUUGUUAUGAAUAAAUGCAAAGUUCAUUAAUGUUUU